UAGAACCGUGACAACAUGAGGCCUCUCAUUGAUGGAACCAUUUGCCCGUGAUGGGACCCAUCACAUCAACCACAACCGUCCUUCCUCUUAAUCCCCCAUUUCAUCUCUCUCUUCUCUCACCCUUUCUCUGCACGCAUUCCCUUAUAAAUCCUCGAUACACGGCUUCAUUAAAGGGAAAUAAGGAGUAGAAUGGGGCUCUCCAACCAUCUCCACGACGUCUCCGGCGACUCCAUCCCUCUCCUCCUCCUCGCCGCGGCCGCCGCCUCCAUCGCCUACCUCCGCUCCCUCCUCCUCCGCCUCCUCCCCCUCUCCCUCUCCUCCUCCCCCGCUGACGCCGACGCCGACGCCGACGCCGACCCCGAGCCGUCCGUCGGAUCCGGACUCGCCGGCCUCGUCGUCCUCGCCGACCACCUCGCCUCCAACCGGUCCUUCGCCUUCGCCUCCCGCUCGUCGGGAGGGGAGGGCCGGCGGGCGGAGUGCGCGGUGUGCCUCUGUGGCCUGGCCGACGGGGACCGCGUCCGGCGCCUCCCCUGCCGCCAUGUCUUCCACGGUGAGUGCCUCGAAGGCUGGUUCCACCACCUGAACCUCACCUGCCCGCUGUGCCGCUCCGAGCUGGCCGCGCCGGAGGUUCGCGCCGCUGCGGACCGCCGGAUCGGGGCCGAGCUCGUCGCCUGGCUCUCCCACCACUGAUCAUUUGUGGUCGCUGUUGCUGUUAAAUAUCUUAUCAUAUAAAAACCCUCUCUUUGCCCUUUUUUAAAGGUUUGGCCUUUUUUUCUCUUGCUUUUUUGGUUUCUAAUGCACUUUUUGUUCUCCUGUGUAUAUAAGGCCUUAUUUUUUGGGUCUCUUCUGCAAGAGAUAUUUAAUCUGGCA